UGAUGGUUGUGCUGAUGGAUCAAUGGUCCGUGCUGAAUGGCCACCUCCAGUUAGAGGUGGAGAUUUUACACGAGAGCUCUGAACUCCAGAGGUUCACACUGCUGGAUAUCUGGUAGUUUUAACAGCACAGUGACACACACUGAAACACAACACGAGAGAAGCAUGAGGCAACACUGUGCACUCAAACAUGGAAUACUCAAGGAAGUCCUGGCAGAAUUCCUGGGGACGUUUGUCUUGGUUCUGUUUGGCUGUGGCUCAGUCGCUCAGACCGUCCUCAGUCGAAACACCCUGGGGGAGCCUCUCACCGUCCACAUCGGCUUCUCCGUAGGACUGAUGAUGGCAGCGUAUGUGGCCGGUGGAGUGUCGGGGGGCCACGUGAACCCUGCUGUGUCCCUGGCCAUGGUGAUUCUGGGCAAACUGAAGAUCUGGAAGUUUCCCUUCUAUGUCAUCGCUCAGUUUCUUGGUGCUUUUGCCGGAGCCGCUGCAGUCUUCGGGCUGUACUACGAUGCUUUCAUGGACUUCACCAGUGGGAUUCUGUCGGUGACGGGAAUCAAUGCAACAGGUCACAUUUUUGCUUCCUACCCUGCGAGACACCUGUCAAUCCUCGGUGGCUUCAUCGACCAGGUGGUGGGGACAGGUAUGCUGGUCCUGUGUAUCCUGGCUAUCAUUGACGGUGGCAACAUCGGAGCUCCCAAAGGCGUGGAGCCGCUGGCUAUCGGCCUGAUCAUCAUGGCCAUCGGUGUGUCUAUGGGACUGAACUGUGGCUACCCUCUGAACCCUGCCAGAGACCUGGGACCCCGACUGUUCACAGCUGUAGCAGGAUGGGGGAUGGAGGUCUUCAGUACUGCAGACUACUGGUGGUGGAUCCCCGUGGCGGGGCCCAUGGUGGGCGGAGUGGUGGCAGCCGUCAUCUACUACCUGCUGAUCGAGCUGCACCACCACCGCGAUGAGCCUGAGAAGCCCCAUGAGGAGGAGGAGGAGGAGGAGGAGGACGAAGAGGACGACGACAGCAGUCUGAAGGACAAAUAUGAGAUGAUCACCAUGAGCUAAAGAGAGAAACGAGACAUUAACCUCCGGGACUGACCGGUCCGAUUCUGUCAGGUGAAGAGCAGCCAGCACAGCUUCAGGCUGUAGUUUCUCUUCUGAUUGAAAUGAUCCUCCGCAGAGACAAGCUUGUCAGCUCAGUGAUGACAACAUUAGAACAUUCACGGGUCAAAACACAAAGUAAAAUCAAUUAGGGCACUUUUUGGAUAAACAAACCGCAGCUCUGUUAGGCGCAGCAGAGGCAGUUUUGAUCUGUGCUGUCAGAAAAAUGUUGCACUGUCUUUGUAAAAUAUUGAACCUUUUGUCCAAACCGAUACCGGACUGUCUCCUUUGCAAUUUAUCUUUUUAUGUUUUAUGUUUCAUAAACACACAAAAAUGCCACUCCUGUGUGCUUUAAAAUGUUAUGACUUUUCAUAUUUAUGUUGUAAAUACUGUAUUAAAGCCAUUAGAUGUAAAAUACCCUUUAUCUGGCUACACCUGGCACUGAACUCAUGAUUUAGAUUUCACCGUUUAAAUGUGCUCUUAUUUUCCUCAGUGAUUGUGUUAUUAUUUGUAUAUCCACUUAAAACAUUUUGGAUUUCUUAUAUUUCUUUUCUUCUUUUGCAAACUGUGAGGAAGCCUUCCUUCUGUUCAUCAUUAAUAUUUGUAUUUUACUCUGUGUUGUUUUGUCUGCAUUAAAGUUUCUACAAAUAUGGA